CCUCCUCUUUCGCUAGGCUAAGGGGAUUGAGGCCGAGAAGGACAUGUAUUACCUAGGCGCUCCCCCCGCAUGACAUGUAACCAGCUCUGCCGGUUCGCCUCCCAGCCUCGCCACCCCUCUUCAGCAACCGUGAAUCAAUCAAUCAAUCAAUCCUCGUCACUUCGGCCUCAGAAUCCACCUCGCUCCUCCUCCUCCACCUCGCCCCGCCUCUGAGGUAGGCCUGGCGCCUGCGUAGUACGCCAUGGAGGCCGGGACGCUGCGAGCGGGCGGAGGAAUGUGCGUUACAGUUAAAUAGUGGGUUCAGCGGCCACAGGAACGGCGAGUGGCGGCACUUCUAGGGAUCGGAUGAGGAAGACUGGUUGAGGCGGCACGGGUCAGAGGAGGCGGUUCAGACCAGGCUCCAGCUGCGGCGCUGCGGGGACAGAGACUCGGCAGCAGCGCCGGCGGGCGAGAAGGCGAGACAGGGUGGGCCGGCUGACCGACCAGAGCAGACGGAGGGUCUCCAUGGCGCGGCGUGGGCUCCUGGGCGACCGCGGCACCCACAGCUCCUCCGUUGUUAGCCGCGCUUGGUUCCCCUGAGAGGCGCUGCUGCUUCUCCUCCUCUAGCAACAGGACAGACUCUUGUCUCGUCGUUGAUCCUCGGAUUGGGCCGGAGUAAGAAGGGGGAGCCGCCGGGGCCUCAGUCAUCGCCCUCCGCCCCCCUCUCACACGGGUGGGACUGUAGUAGGUGGAGUGCUGGGGACUGGAAUAGGCGGCGGCAUUUCUACCUCUAUGAUGAAGUUCAAGCCGAACCAGACGCGGACCUACGACCGGGAGGGCUUCAAAAAGCGGGCGGCGUGCUUGUGCUUCCGCAGUGAAAGGGAGGACGAGGUGCUUUUAGUAAGCAGCAGCCGGUACCCAGAUCAGUGGAUUGUUCCAGGUGGGGGAAUGGAACCAGAAGAGGAACCAGGUGGUGCUGCUGUCAGAGAAGUCUAUGAAGAGGCUGGAGUAAAAGGAAAACUAGGUAGAUUGCUGGGAAUAUUUGAGAAUCAAGACCGGAAACAUAGGACUUACGUUUAUGUUCUUACAGUGACUGAAAUCCUGGAAGACUGGGAGGAUUCGGUUAAUAUAGGAAGGAAGAGAGAGUGGUUUAAAGUUGAAGAUGCAAUCAAGGUCCUUCAGUGUCACAAGCCUGUACAUGCAGAGUAUUUGGAAAAAUUGAAACUAGGGUGUUCACCAACCAAUGGAAAUUCUGUGGUCUCCUCCCAUCCUGAUAACAACUCUCUAUAUGUUACUCCUGCACAGACUUCUGGGCUGCCGUCUACUGUAAGAUAAAAUUCAGUUACUUUUUUGUUCACCAUCACAAGGGGAGAUGUGUUAGUGGUCAUGUGCUAUGUGUAUAGUCAUUGAAGUUCUGAGUGUGUGAACACUUUGUGUUCAGACAUACACCUUCUUUCUUUUUUUAGCAAUGUGUAAUAUUUCUACAAACCAAAGCCAUACAGGGAAUUCUUAAAGAUGCCUUAAAUGGUCCUCUUUGUGGCUUUUUAAAAGCAUAGAUAUCUUAAGUACCUGAUUUAAAAAAAAAAUAAGAGUGAAUUUGUUGACAUUUGAGUCUGGCUUAAUUUUGUUAAAUUUCCUAAAAAACAAAAACUGUUCGUUUUGGGAAACUUUCUUUUAAUCUAGUCAUCCUUAUUUCCCUACUUCAGUACAAAAUUACCUGGAGGAAUUAAAAGGCAGUGGAAACGAACAAGAAGUGCCUUCCAUGUCAAGAAGUGUUCUCCCAAAUACUUUACAAAAAACCUCCUAACCAGAGUAGUGCCAGUUUAUCAGCCUCUGCCAGUCCUUCACACUGCUCUUGCUUACAAUUAUUAGCUAAACCAGCAGAUUCCAGAAAGACGCAAACAUGCCAACCCCUUAACUUGCUUGUUCUCAUGCCAAAACCAGCACUACUUUCUUUGCUAUUCCAGCAGGUGUUGAUUCACUACUGGGGACCAUCCCAGCUUCUUCCAAUCUGUUUCCAGAACAUGUGAAUUGGAUCAGUAUUGGGAAGAUAACUGUCCUGAGCUUUAAGGAAAGGGCAGGCUACAGACUUAAAUGGGCUCUAAUCCUAUUUUGUAAUGUCUGCCAUUAAAACAUGGCUAUAGAGGUUCUUUAAAUUAUACAGGUUCUAAUUUCAGAAAUCUCUCAAUGCAUUUACACUGAACUUUCCCUUUAUCCCUCAAGUCAUUACUGUGGUUGAGGUAAAGAACUACCUCUGUUAUGAAAGCUAUCUCUUUUCUUUCUUUCUGUGUAACAUAAACCCACUGUAAAUAAUCCAACUGGUGUAUAGUGUAAAAUGGAAAGAAAAGGUAAUGUAAAUACUCUGUUGCUCACACAAAUAGGUUACUGCCUAAGAUUUUUGUCUUAAUAGCUAUGUAACGGGCAGAAACAUUAAUAGCUGAAUCUUUUCCAGUCACUCUAUCUUCACCUAUAGAGUUGCUGUUUUUCACUUAACUGUUAAAGGCACAAGACCCGUCUGAGAAGAAGGUGGCAACCCUACACACUAACUUCCAACACAUUGGGUAAAAAUGCUGCUAUAAAUUAACCCACAUGCUCUUACAAUUUUUAGGGAAAAUAUUGGUGCCAUAAGCUUUCCUUCUAGAAACAUGUGGGGAUAAUAGAUUGUGCCAUAUAAAUGCAUUUAAGCAUGGAACAUCAGUAAGAGGCUUGGUUGUGAGUGUUGCUUUAAGAGCCAUAAGUACUAUUAACUGUAGAUAGAUUCGAACAUCUGCCACAGGUUAGAACCUCCAGGAGUUACUGGCUUCAGAUAAUUUGAGUGGAGCAGUGGGUGUUGUCGUCAGUUUUGUGUUUGAAGAGCCUUACUUUUCAUAUUCUGGUUCAGAUGGUCAAAAAAACAUAGUACAGACUUAUGGCAGACCCAUUGAUAUAAAAUGUUAUAAUCAGUUAGGGAACUGGCUAGUUCCUAACAAUGCAUUUGUCCUGAUUUUCAGUUUGGCAUUUAGCCCCACACUUCCAUUCAUUAUUUAGUUAUCACUAACUACGUGGCAGUGUCUUCAGAAAUGUCUCUUCUCCAUCAUAGUGAUGGAAGUAAGAGCAAAUUUUAUUAGUUUUUGGUUACUAUAACUGCUUCCAUCUCAACUUUUGCUUUUGGAACAGAAAACCAAGCCAAGAGUAUAGAAGCUACAUAUUGGCAAUGCAUGAAUACGUUGGUUUCUAACAUUAUGUGCUAUGUAAAAAUGUACAGUUGUCAGUGUUAACCAAAUCAAAGGUGAUGGCUUAUAAAUACUCCAGGCUGCUGUGCCACAUACAGUUUUAAAUAUAUUGGUGUACAGAUCUCUUUUUCAGCCUAUGCAACGUAAGAUAAAUCCCUUUAUUCAUACUGACUUCUAAAGUCUGUCUUGCAACAUAACACUGGAAUGACAAAGGUCCACAGUUGUUGCAUUUUCACCUAUAAACAAGUGAACCCAGAAAAGUGAACAUUGCAUAAUUCCAUCAUUUGGAAGAGUAGGCUGGGCAACAUGAAUGUGUCAAAUAAUAACAGCCAAGACCUCUGUCAAGAUUAAACCUUAAUCAAAUAAUUCCAGUAAGAGGUUCAAGGUUGGCAUUGAAAUACGACAUAUACUAACGCUUUCUUGUGGAACUAGAACAACGUUCCCUCUUAAGUGACCUUUAAACCUGUAGCUGGCUUCACAAGGAGGGAGACAAAAGUUGACGUGGACCAGAUUCCACAGGGCAGUCAAUGUCUUGGACUUCUAAGACAUGGUUUUCAAAGUCAGAAGCAUAAACAGGUCUUGAAGUACUGCAGUGGAAGCUUGUUGCAGUGAAUAGCUAAUUGGGAACAUGCCACACGAACAUUGCAAGAGUGUUUAUGUAGGUUUUAGAGGCUAUUAAAAGUGAAAUAUCCUGAAUGCUUACUGCAAACUAACCAGGGCUGUUGUCAAAAUGUUGGAACAAUUGCUCAAUAUGCUUCUGAGAAGUAAAAAUCUGAAGGAAAACUACCAUUUAAGUUGUAAACAUUUUGAACUGUGUGCAUGGCUUUCUUUUAAAGACUGAUGUAAGAAUUUUGACUUUUUAUAUCUGAAAUGAUCCUCCAAAAUAAAAAAAAUUUGAAACACAA